CUGUGUUUUCGUCAGCGUAUCGGACGAUGUUGCGAUUGGGAAGGGCAGGCAUGGCCCUGGCGAGAUGCACAUCAAAAAUUACUACCCGAUCUCCCAGAUGUGUAACAUUAAGAACCUGCUUGCUCUGAACCCCAGGGUGAGUAAGCAUGCCAGCCUCAAGUCUUCCUCUGCCACCAAGAAAACCAAGCAGCACUGGAAAAGGAACCAAGAGAAGGGCUGCUCAACAUGCCCUUCUCUGGAAAAUAACUUUGAUGAUAUCAAGCAUACAACCUUGAGUGAAAGAGGUGCUUUGAGGGAAGCAGCCAGAUGUUUGAAGUGUGCAGAUGCCCCUUGUCAGAAGAGCUGCCCAACACAACUGGACAUCAAGUACUUUAUCACCAGUAUUGCCAACAAAAACUACUAUGGAGCUGCCAAGGCCAUCCUGUCAGACAACCCACUGGGUUUAAGUUGUGGCAUGGUGUGUCCAACCAGUGACUUGUGUGUGGGUGGAUGUAACCUGUAUGCUUCUGAAGAGGGACCCAUAAAUAUUGGGGGCUUGCAACAGUUUGCUGUGGAGGUGUUUAAGGACAUGAAGAUUCCCCAGAUCAGAGACCCCAGCCUUCCAGCCUUGGAGCUGUUACCAAGCAGUUAUCAUGAGAAGAUAGCUCUGAUUGGCUGUGGCCCUGCAAGUAUCAGCUGUGCUACAUACUUAGCCAGGAUGGGAUACUCUGAUAUUACUAUCUUUGAGAAACAGAAAUAUAUCGGUGGAUUAAGCUCAUCUGAAAUUCCACAAUACAGACUACCAUAUGAUGCUGUAAAUUUUGAAAUUCAGCUUAUGAGGGAUCUGAAAGUGAAGAUUGUGUGUGACACCUCUUUGAGUGCUUCCAAUGGACUUACAAUUCAGUCCUUGAAAGAAGAUGGAUACAAAGCCAUUUUCUUGGGAAUGGGUUUACCAAACCCAAAGAAAAUCUCAAUAUUUGAUGGUUUGACUGAAAAUAUGGGAUUCUUUACAUCCAAGGAUUUUCUUCCAAGAGUUUCUGCAGCCAGCAAACCUGGUAUGUGUCAUUGUAAGUCCUGGCUUCCAAGUCUCCAUGGCAACGUGAUAGUCCUCGGAGCUGGUGACACAGCAUUUGACUGUGCCACCUCUGCCCUGCGAUGUGGAGCAAGAAAAGUGUUUGUUAUCUUCCGCAAGGGCUUUACCAACAUCAGAGCUGUGCCAGAAGAGAUGGACUUGGCCAAGGAAGAGAAGUGUGAGUUCCUCCCAUUCCAUGCCCCUGCUAAAGUGGCAGUGAAAAAUGAUAGAAUCACAGGAAUGGAGUUCUACCGCACAGAACAGGAUGAAGAUGGGAACUGGGUGGAGGAUGAGGAACAGACAGUGAGGCUGAAGACAGACUUUGUCAUCUCUGCAUUUGGUUCAGGCCUCACUGAUGACGAUGUGAUCAAAGCCAUGUCACCCAUUAAGUUCAACUGCUUUGGUCUCCCUGAAGUGGAUCCAGAAAGCAUGUCAUGCUCUGAACCAGGGGUUUACUGUGGUGGAGAUUUAGCAGGAGUGGCUCAGACCACUGUGGAGUCUGUUAACGAUGGGAAACAAGCAGCAUGGCACAUACAUAAGUACUUGCAGUCUCUUCAAAAUAUGUUGGUAUCAUCUGUGCCUGCACUACCCAAGUUCUACACUCCCAUUGACUUGGUGGACGUCAGUGUGGAAAUGUGUGGACUGAAAUUUGUCAACCCAUUUGGCCUGGCAAGUGCUCCAACUUCUACAAGUGCUCCCAUGAUACGCAGGGCCUUUGAGCAAGGAUGGGCAUUUGUUGUCACAAAGACUUAUGCAUUAGAAAAAGACAUGGUCACCAAUGUGUCUCCAAGAAUUGUCAGAGGAACUACCUUUGGUCAUCUUUAUGGUCCUGGGCAGGGGUCAUUCUUAAAUAUAGAACUGACCAGUGAGAGAAAUGCCACAUACUGGUGUCAGAGUAUUAAGGAAUUAAAAAAGGACUUUCCAGAUAGGAUUAUUAUUGCUAGCUGUAUAUGUGGAUACAGCAAAGAAGAUUGGACUUUAUUAGCUAAAAUGACAGAGGAUGCUGGUGCUGAUGCUCUGGAGCUCAACCUGUCUUGUCCACAUGCCUCUGAUAUGGGUGAAGGUGGGAUGGGAGCUAUAUGUGGACAGGAUCCAAAGCUUGUGCGUAACAUCUGUAAUUGGGUACGAGAAGCAGUGAAGAUACCAUUCUUUGCCAAGUUGUCACCCAAUGUCACCAAUGCUGUAGAAAUAGCAAAGGCUGCCAAAGAAGGUAAUGCUGAUGGUGUCACUGCCACUAACACUGUAUCUGGUCUGAUGGGGAUAAAGAUGGAUGCUGCUGGAUGGCCUUGUGUGGGAAAGGAAAAGAGAACCACUUAUGGAGGUGUAUCUGGCAAUGCCCUUCGCCCCAUUGCUCUGCAAGUUGUGUCAACUAUUGCCAAUGCACUGCCAGGUUUUCCUAUUCUUGCUGCUGGGGGGAUUGAUUCAGCAGAGGCGGGGAUGCAGUUCUUGUAUGCAGGAGCAACAGUCCUGCAGGUUGGCAGUGCUGUUCAUAAUCAGGACUUCACAUUAAUUGAUGAUUAUGUGACUGGACUGAAAGUCCUGCUGUAUCUACAGAGCUUGGAGCUAAAGGACUGGGAAGGUCAAAGUCCACCAACCCCUGUCCACCAGUUGGGAAAACCCGUGUUGAAAGUGGUGGAUAUUGUUGGAAAGACCCUCCCUAACUUUGGUCUGUACAAGAAGCAGAAGAUGUCACUAUUUGUUGAGGAGAAGAGGAAAACCAAUCUUUUGGAUGAGGCAUUUUUACCGCCACCUCUCAGACCAGCAAACUCACCUAAGAAAGCAAUUCCCACUGUUCAAGAUAUGAUAGGCAAAGCUCUUCCCAUGAUUGGUGCUUUCAGUGAUCUGGACAACAAGCAGCAGUCUGUGGCCAGUAUAAUACAGGAGAUGUGUAUCAACUGUGGCAAGUGUUAUAUGACUUGCAAUGACUCUGGUUAUCAGGCCAUUACCUUUGAUCCAGAGACACAUCUGCCUGAAGUGACAGAAGAUUGCACAGGUUGUGGGUUAUGUGAGUCAGUUUGUCCCAUCAUUGACUGUAUCAAAAUGGUGCCUCGUACCACCCCCUACAUCCCAAAGAGAAAAAUCCCACCAACUAGUACGCCUCCCAUUACUUUGCACUGAGUAAGGAGUAAGGAAGCUUCUUCUAUAUGGAAGAGAAGAGGUUGCGGAUAUCUGGGUAUUACAAAGACAUAUCAAUAGGAUCACACUGCCCCACAAUCCACAGCUAUAUGUGCCAUUAAUUAAAUCGAGCAGGACACAUACCAGUUAGAUGUUUCAGUGUUUUUGUCAAUGCAUAUGCAACUUUUUUGAAGGGAAGAAAGAGUAUUUCAGUGAUGUAUGAUUUUUAUUAGAUGCUUGUAUCAGAUGUUUUUAAAAGUAAUAUAAAUAUUAAGGUGUGAGGUGCUGAAGACUUUUAGGAGUCAGCUACAAUGGUAUGAACAGACUAUUCUGGUAAAAUGAUGUGACAGAAGUGUGCACAUUUUUACAAUGUUACAAAUUUAAUUAUGAAUUAAAUUCUCAGACACAAUGGUGAAUUCCGAAAUUUUCAUGUGAUAAUUUUUAUGAAAGGAAAAUAUUACAAAAGAAUAUUUUUGUAUUAUGGUAUUUGUAUAUCCUUGUUUGUUUAAUGUUGAUAACAAAUUACAUAUAUACUUAACAGUAUGUGCAAUAAUGUUUUACAUUUAUUUAUCAGUGUAAAAAAAUUACAAAGUUAAAAAUACUAUAUAUAAAGGCAAAAAUAUUCUCUCUAAUACUAGACACUUACAUAUAUCUGCUGUUUUGCAGAGACUCUGACAUUUCGUCCUUUAUCACAAGGACACCUUCAGGGCACUGUUACUACAGGUGACACUGCUGGUGGUAUUGCAGUAUUAGAGUUAAUAUUUUUGUCUCCGAAUAUCACAAUUGGAUGAAUCAGAAUAAACAUACCAUAUAAUUAAAUUUUAUAAACUUGUAGAAAUAUUGUUAAACAUCGUAUGAAUAAAUGGAUAAAAUGA